CGCCGACAAGGACGGGAUCAAAGCUGCUUCACAGCUGCUCGACUGAACUGGCCGUUUGAUUAGUGAUAAUCUCGCUUCGCCUGUUUUGAUAUCUUGAAUAGCCGUUAUUCGCUAUUAGCUCGUCAUCCCAAGCAAUAAUGCCGGCAUUACACCCUCAGGAUGCAGUGCAGAGCCUAUCGCUCACACACCCGGAGCAGUUCUGGGCUCGCCACGCAGCACAGCUUCACUGGCACAAGGAGCCUUCUGCUGCUCUACGCAUGGGCACAAGGACGCUGGCCGAUGGUACUCGGCAUCAGAGCUGGUUGUGGUUCCCGGACGGGGAGAUCUCGACUACGUAUAACUGCGUAGACAGACAUGUCCGGGCUGGCCGCGGAGCAGACGUGGCUAUCCUAUGGGAGUCGCCGGCGACAGGCCGGGAGGAGAAGAUCACCUAUAGCCAGCUGCUGGAGGAAGUGGAAGUGCUGGCGGGCGUGCUGAGGGAGCAAGGGGUGCAGAGGGGCGAUGUGGUGGUUAUCUACAUGCCCAUGAUACCUGCUGCGCUUGUUGCGGCACUAGCAAUUACAAGGUUGGGAGCAAUCCAUGCUGCUGUCUUUGGCGGGUUUGCUGCAUCCUCCCUUGCCCAGCGGAUAGAGGCAGGCCAGCCGAAGGCUGUUAUGACUGCAUCCUGUGGCAUUGAAGGCAAAAAGGGUCCCAUUGAGUACAAACUCCUGGUCGAGGACGCUAUUUCCAAGAGCUCCUUCAAGCCUGAACGGGUGAUUGUAUGGCAGCGAGAGGAGCUGCGUUGGUCUCCUAUCCGUGAGGACCGGGGUCAGAGGGAUUGGCGCCGUCUGGUAGAUGAUGCAAAAAGGCGUGGUCUACGGGCUGACGCGGUGCCAGUUCGGAGUGAUGAAGGAUUAUAUAUCAUAUAUACCAGUGGUAGGUUAUAUGUUACAUGAUUUGUGAUGGGAGGAGGCAAAAUAAGAAAAAAAUAAAAAAUUUGGCUGAUUGAAUGGAAUGUGACAGGAACAACGGGAACGCCAAAGGGAGUGCUGAGAGAAGCCGGUGGCCACGCAGUCGGCUUAAAUCUCUCUAUCAGGUACCUUUUUGAUAUCAAGGGACCCGGCGAUGUGAUGUUCUGUGCGUCUGAUUUAGGGUGGGUCGUUGGCCACUCGUUCAUACUCUAUGCACCACUCCUUGCAGGUGCUACGACGCUGCUGUAUGAAGGCAAACCAAUCGGGACUCCAGAUGCUGGUAGUUUCUGGAGGUUAAUUGAAAAACACAAAGUAAACGCCUUGUUCACUGCUCCCACGGCCUUGAGAGUAAUACACAAGGAGGAUCCCAAGUCAGAACUGCUACAUCAGGUCGGUCAAAGGGGAGGGUUGAAGCAGCUCAGAGGCCUCUUUCUAGCUGGCGAGAGAAGCGAGCCGAGCAUUGUAGUAGCCUUCCAAAAACUGCUGGAACAGCACGCUGCGCCUGGAGCAAUGGUAAUAGAUAACUGGUGGUCAUCUGAGUCUGGGUCACCCAUGACGGGACUUGCUCUGAGGCCUGACCUGGGAGUAGCCAAUGGCAAGAUUCCAAAGACCAGAGCACUCAGAGCAAAGCCCGGCUCUGCCGGCAAGCCAAUGCCCGGGUUUAACGUCCGAAUAGUCAACGAUGAGGGCGAGGAAGUGGAGAAUGGUACCAUGGGCAACAUCGUGCUGGCCUUACCGUUUGCUCCCACGGGAUUCACAACUCUGUUCCACGACGACCGGCGGUUCUAUCACGGGUAUCUCAAGCGGUUUUCCAGCCGAUGGAUGGAUACCGGCGACGCUGGCAUGAUAGAUCAGGAUGGAUAUGUCCACGUCAUGUCACGAUCAGACGAUAUCAUCAACGUAGCUGCACACAGGUUCAGCACUGGGGCCAUUGAACAAGUUAUUCUCUCGCAUCCGGAUAUAGCAGAGGCAAGCGUAGUAGGCAUUCCCGACAGCAUCAAGGGUCAUCUGCCAUUUGCAUUCGUGCAACUGUAUCCCUCAGCCAAGACAGCGUCUGGAAUACCAGCGACUCCGUCCAGAGAAUUCUUCCAGGAAGUCAACGCCUUGGUGAGAGACCAGAUAGGGGCUAUAGCCUCGCUCGGAGGGAUCGUUCAGGGCCAAGGGAUGAUCCCAAAGACACGGAGCGGCAAGACACUUCGACGGGUAUUGAGGGAACUUGUGGAGAAGGCAGCCGAAGGUAAGUAUGAUGCGGCUGUCAAUGUACCGCCAACGGUCGAGGAUCCGGAUGUUGUUGGAGUGGCCAGGCGCAGAGUGAAGGAGUACUUUCUCCAGCAGGCGAAGUCGCAACGCAGCAGCAACAACAGCAACACGACCAGAAGCGAAGGACGAGCAAAGUUGUAGUUUCACGACUUCACCCUUAAUCUUCGCCCUCAAUGUUCCUCCUUGUCGUUGAUGACUGAACUGAUUUUAAGAAAGAUCCAUUGGAUUCUAGCCUGGGAGGAAGCGUUAUACAUUCGUCCAUCACGACCCUGUCAUCUCGCACCGCAAGCCCGGCCUCUGCUUCUUCGUCUUGUUCUUCGUCUUGUCUUGUCUCUUUCUUCCUCCUUUCUUUUUUUCCCUUUUUUCUUAGCAUCGUGUCCCUCCCUUUUUAUACUUCCAGCUCGUGAUCUUAAAAAAAUUAUUGCGAUGGUCGCUAUCCCAUGCAUCUCCCCCGGCCCUCUAAUUGUUUUUUUUUCUUUUCUUUUCUUUUUU